AUGUUGGCGAGGGCGUUGGCCGGGGAAACUGGCGUCCCGUUCUUCGCGUGCAGCGGCAGCCACUUCGAGGACAAGUAUAUCGGUGUUGCCUCUAAAAGAGUGAGGGAGCUCUUCAGUGAAACAAAGAAGCGCUCCCCUUGCAUAAUAUUCAUCGACGAAAUCGAUGCCAUUGCUGGUCCUAGAAAUACAGAAGAUCCAAUGUGGAUGAGGCAUACCCUGAACCAGCUGCUUUCUGAGAUGGAUGGCUUCAAGCAGAAUGACGGGGUCAUCGUGAUCGCCGCGACCAACUUCAAGGAGUCGCUAGAUAAAGCCCUCGUCAGGCCUGGGCGUUUUGACCGUCAUGUCCACGUUCCUCUUCCAGAUGUCGAGGGCCGACGCCAGAUCCUCGAGUCUUAUAUCUCAAAGGUGAAAGCCAAGGGUGUGGAUGUGUUGACAAUCGCUACAGGGAUACCUGGGCUCUCGGGUGCAGACCUUGCAAACAUGGUGAAUGAGGCUGCCCUCACCGCUGCCAAGGACGGGGCGAGAGCUGUUACGAUGCAUCACCUAGAGUAUGCCAAGGACAGGAUCAUGAUGGGCAGCGAGCGCAAGUCGGCGGUGAUACCUGAUCAUGCCAGAAAGAUGACCGCCUACCAUGAGGGAGGGCACGCUCUUGUUGCUAUCUUCACUGACGGCGCUGACGCUGUCGAGAAGGCUACCAUUGUUCCCAGGGGGGACGCUCUUGGCAUGGUGAUGCAGCUGCCGGGGGAAGACGCCGAGUUUGAACUCUCGAGGAAGAAGAUGCUGGCAACUCUAGAUGUCCUGAUGGGCGGGCGGGUGGCCGAGGAGCUUAUAGCCGGAGAAGGCGGGGUCACCACUGGCCCCUCAUCUGAUCUAAGCGGGGCGUGUCAGCUGGCGACUGACAUGGUCACCAAGUAUGGCAUGGGCAAGCGGGUGGGCUUUGUUACCUACAGCAAUGGCGGUGAUGCUAGCGGUGGCAAGGCGACGAACAUGAGCGGGCAGAUGUCAGAACUGGUUGACGAGGAGGUGAAAGAAUUACUGGACAAUGCUUACAAGAACGCCAAAGCGAUUCUCACGGAUCGUAGGAAGGAGCUUGAUGCGCUAGCCAACGCCCUCCUGAAGGAUGAGACUCUCACUGGUGACCAGAUCAAGAAACUAGUAACAGGAGGUGGAAGUAAAUGGUUUUGA